AUGUUUCCCGUCCCUACGUGUUGCUUGAUGGUGGCGUACGCGCGGGGGAGCGCGGCGCGGGUACCAUGCGACUGUCUAAAGUACUUCAAAACGUUUCAGGUGGAAUUGGAGAAACUAAACGCGGCCACUGAUGAGAUCAACAAGCUGGAGCUAGAACUUGAUGAGUCUAUGAAAACUUUCCAUUUACUGCUGAAUGAGACGUCACGGAGACUGCAAGCGUUGACCAAACGCCUGGGCAAUUGCGUGGACAAAUCACGACCGUAUUACGAGGCUGUGUCGGUUGCAGCAACCGCUCGUUCAGAGUGCCAGAAGGCAGCCGUCCAGUUUCAAAGAGCUAGUGAACUGCACGCGGCGGCAAAGGAAACUGUUACUCUCGCGGAACAGCGGUUCGUAAGCAAGCAGGAUGAAUGGCAGUUCGACAGCAACUGGCAAGAGGUCCUCAACCAUGCCAUCAUCAAGGUCAUGGACGCAGAAAAAAGAAAGGCAGAAAGUGGACGAGAACAUCAGAAAAAAGCGGCAGCGUACAUCGCUGCAGAAAAAAAGGUGACUCAAUUAGAGGAUAACCUCAAACGUAACAUAGUAAAAUCUCGUCUAUACUUCGAGGAGAAGAAACUUUGCGACGAACAGCUUCAGACGCAAAACGAGAAAAUAGAGAAAUUACAACAUCUUAUAGCUGACGCUAAGCACCGUUAUUCGAAAUCUCUUAAGGCUCUCGAGGAGAUAUCGGAAGAGAUCCAUCGUCGAAGAGGCGAAUACCCGCCAGGGAAGGACGCUAUACCUGUAGGACCUCGAGAGCCAGGAGUUGGGGCUGAACGCGACCCGGUUCAUGAUGAGAACGAUGCUAAAUUAGCAGAACACGAUGACGAGUGUAGUCUCCAAGAAUUGAGGAUGCGCGUGCGGGAAUUAGCUCUGAAGCCGAUAGACAGGAAAGAUGUGGAAACCGACGAGGCAUGGGCGUUGGAACUGAAUGAAACCAUAAACAAAUUGGAUCAAUUAUUGAUGAUGAAGGAGAACAAUCAACAGAAGAGAUCUAAAUUCACAGACAACUCUCCGAAGAACUUGAGUGCACCAACGACUAGCACUAAUACAGGGAGACACACGCCACCCCCUCAUGAUAUUCGGAAGACAGAAUCAAACUUCAACAAAACAAAAUCGAUAAGUAGGGAAGCUUUAUUCGAUACUACAAAUCCUCCCAUUGCUAAGACUGAGAAAUCUAAGAGCAUGAUGUCAUUAGACGUUUUGGCUCUGGCAAGGGACACAGCUAUUAUGGACAGGGAGUCUUAUUUGAAAGCUGUCAUCGAAGACAAAUCGCCGACUGGCACGUAUACCGAGAGUAAUUCGGAUAGGAACGAUAGCCCUGAUGAGAUACUGAUGGUCGAAUGCGAUUCCAGUGAUUCCACUCAGAAUCCAGUCAUCAGAAUGACCAGCUCCACUAUAACUGAUAGCGAUAACAGUUAA